AUGAUAAUAUUUGGCAGUCGGAGUCGUAACUGCAGUUGUAGGAAUAGUCCGGAUCACGUAUAUCCGAAAGUGGAAUGCAAAAGGUGUUUUCACGUGUUGGGUUCCAUUUCCUUUGCUCUUUUUUUCUCAUUCAAUUCAAUUCAUGCUGACAGAACAAUUGAAGAUUCAGAAAACUUGAAAAAGCAUUCUUCAUUUCCUAUUGCAGUGUUUUGCGAAAAUCGUUUGACUGCUUUCACUGUAUCCGAUAAUACAUGCCUUGUAUCGAGCAGUUCCUUAAUCUACGAGGAUGUGACCGAGGAAGUUUGCUUAAGGAUGUGUAGUAGUAACAGAGAUAGCAAUGGUCGAACAAUCUUGUGUGCCUCCGCAGUUUAUGACCAUGCAACCUUUACAUGCACAAUAUUCCGAUCCAGAAGUUAUCCGGAUGGUGACUUAAAAACAGUGAUUGCUCCAGGACAACGUCUUUUCGAGAAAUUUUGCCUAAAAGAUGCACCGAGUGAAUGUGCAGACAGCCGGUUCCUGAAAGUAGAGCAAUCAGUCAUCAUCGGAUAUGCAAAAAAUGUUUCAAUGGCAAGAUCUAUUGAAGAAUGUAUCGAGCAAUGCCUCACCGAACAUUUUCAGUGUAGAUCCGCAAUGUAUUUCUACACGGAAGGUGAAUGCAUAACAAACACGGAAUCAGCCAUGACUCAGCCAACAUCAUUUGCCCGAGAAGAAAGUGAUAAGGUCAUUUACAUACAAAACGGUUGUCCAGCAAUAUUAGCACGACAAAAAGAAUUGGAAAACUCGACAGCAGCAGCUACGGAAUUAUCACCUACCUCAGCAGACGAACAUACCGAAGAUGUUAAUGUUGAAACAGAAGCAAUAAGUUCAACAACAACUACCAAUGAAGAAAUAAAGGAAGAGGAGGAACUAAAAAACACGGGUGUCGUCAAUUCAUCCAUUGAAGAAAACACGUUGAAAAAACAAAACGAUUUGAAUGAUCGCAUUCGCAAUGAUAGCUAUGAAGGCGAAAGCGAAAACUCAUUUGGGACAGAUUCCGGAAAACUUGCCUCAUUCGAUAAAACAACAGCAAGCACCACUGAAGAAAUUAUGGAAAUGUUGAAGCGGAAUUUAAAAAAAUUGCCAACCGAUAGCAGUACCUUCAACUCCAACAAAGGUCUCAAAUCACUAAAACAAACAAAAUUACAGCAAAUAAAGAAGGAAUUCACAUCAGAAGAAAGUGAAGAAAAUCACAUGGCAAAAAAUUUGCCCUUAGAGGUUAGGCCAUCACCAUUCCAGGUUGAAAACCAACAUAUAGAAAAAACGAAUUCAGUAGUAGUGGUAGUUCACGAAGGAUCUAAAAUACAGAAACCAAUCAAGCGAUUGAAAAUUAUAACAUUAUCUGGAUUCGAAGAUGAGGAUCAUUUCUCUCAGUGGAGCAACUGGUCACCUUGUAGAAGGUCUGGUGAAAGGAAAAUAAGACGGCGGAAAUGCUAUAACCUACAAAAAUGUGUUGGAGCAUUAAUGGAAGUCAAGAAAUGUCCUGAAACAGUACAAGGAGAGCCUGAAUUCAGAGCAGUUAUGGACAGCCGUGGACUGCGAACAGCAGUUAACAAGAAGGAAGAACUGACGUGGGUACCGGCUGAAAGACUAAAUUUUGCAAAUAAAACAGAUAUUAGGACCGGCGGCAUACGACUCGACAUUUCCUCUCUACAGCAGUCACACUCUGAAAAAGAACCCACGGAAAAAACGGACGAAAUGAUUUGGUCACCCUGGCGUGGCAUUUGUCAGGAAGUGAAUGGAAGUACGCUCGUCUUUCUGCAGAAAUGA